AUGAGGUCAAGCGAUGUGUGUUCGGAUUCCGAAAAAAUCAGUGGCGAAAAAAUCUGUUACGACAAAAUCAGUGACGACUUUCGCAAGAUCCAUGUCAACCCCGAUCAUUUUAAUUCAUUUGAUGACGUGAUGUCAGCCAUAAGGCAACAAGGGGUGGAAACAUGCAACGUUAUUUUCGCAAUUGACUAUACCCUCAGCAAUUCGACAAAUGGCAGCAAAACAUUUGGUGGGAAAAGCCUGCAUGAAUUGUCGUGUGUGAAUCCAUAUCAAAAGGUGAUAACUGCAAUCGGUGAAACCAUUGACCCAAUGAGAGGAGAGAAUGAAAACAUACAUGCAUUUGGCUUCGGUGACAAUGAAGUAAAAGACAAACAUGUAUUUCCGCUAAGUCCGGAACCGUGUUCUUCAUUUUACGACAUUUUGUGUGCUUAUAACACAAAAACAAAACAUGUCAAGUUUGGUGGCCCCACAAGCUUCGUACCCGUUAUAACAGAGGCAAUUCGCAUAGUGAAGGAAACGGGCAAGUACCACAUACUUAUUAUAGUCGCCGAUGGUGAAGUCACCGAAGAGCGGAACAGUCUCCAGGCAAUCAUCGAAUUCUCUGACUAUGCCCUUUCUAUUGUGGUAAUAGGCGUAGGAGACGGGCCAUGGGAACUUAUGAAAGAAUGGGAUGACUUGGAGAAUUUUAACAACAAAGUAGCUGUCAAAGGGUUAUCUGCCAGGAGAUUUGACAAUUUUCAGUCUGUGAAUUACCACAAAAUCACCCACGAGGCAAAUAAUACCGUCGUUGCCCUAGCGCUUGCCGCACUGAUGGAAAUACCAGAUCAGUAUAAGUUUAUCAAGGAAAACAUAUUAGUUAAUAUUUAAUGUUUGUCAA